UAGGAGUAGGAAAUUUCAAGAUUAGAGUGCAAUGUUUUGAAUAGAGAAAUACAAGUUGGGGAAGGGAUCAAGAAAAGUAUAGGCAUGUCUUUAUUAGAGUGAUAAACAAUGUAGAAUAAGAUGGGGAAAAAAUUGAAUUCGUUUAAGGCAAAGGCAGGAUGUUACUCCUUAUAUAUUUGAAAACUUGUUGAGUAAAUCAAACUCACCUCACCUCUCCUCAUAAAUUUGUUUCUCUUUUUUCUGUCUUGUACGUGUUCUGUCAUUUGUCUGAGUGAAACUCACAAGAGAGCCAAAAAGAAAGAAAAGAGGAAAGAAGAAGAUGGUGAGCAAGAAACCAAAAGUUGUGAUAAUUGGAGCAGGAAUGGCUGGGCUCACAGCAGCAAACAAGCUCUACACAGCUGCAGGCUCAAAAGAGGUGUUUGAGGUGUGUGUGUUGGAGGCAGGGAACAGGAUUGGUGGGAGGAUUAACACCUCAGAGUUUGGUGGUGAUAGGAUUGAGAUGGGUGCUACUUGGAUCCAUGGAAUUGGGGGCAGCCCAGUUUACAGGAUUGCUCAAGAAAUCAAUUCUCUCAAGUCUGAACAGCCAUGGGAGUGUAUGGAUGGGUCUUCAGAGGAGGCAGUGACCAUUGCAGAAGGUGGAUAUGAGCUUAGCUCAUCUAUGGUUGAGCCCAUAUACACCCUUUUCACAAAGCUCAUGAAUUUUGCUCAGGGUAAAGCCAUGGAAGCUGAAAAGUCUUCAAAUGGGUGGUGUAUAAAGAAUGGUGGCUGCCAUGAAAGUGUGAGUGUUGGUUCUUUUCUUAGAAAAGGGCUUGCUGCAUAUUGGGAAUCAAGGAAAGAGGAAGAUAUGGUGAGGCUGGGGUUUGGAGGGUGGACCAGAAAAUCACUAGAAGAAGCCAUUUUUGCAAUGUUUGAGAACACCCAAAGGACUUACACCUCAGCUGAUGAUUUGCAGAAUCUUGAUUUCAAUGCAGAGAGUGAGUACAGGAUGUUCCCAGGGGAAGAAAUCACCAUUGCCAAAGGCUACUUGAGCAUAAUUGAGUCCUUGGCAUCUGUAUUGCCAUCUGGUUUGAUCCAAUUAGGCAGGAAAGUUGCCAGAAUUGGAUGGAGCCCUGAUGGUGGUAGGCCAGUGAAGCUGCAUUUUGUGGAUGGAUCAAUCAUGUAUGCUGAUCAUGUGAUUAUCACAGUCUCAUUGGGAGUUCUGAAACAAGGAAUUCGCGAAGACCCCGGUUUGUUUGAUCCUCCACUUCCCAGCUUCAAAGCUGAAGCAAUUUCAAGACUUGGUUUUGGGGUUGUGAACAAGCUGUUCUUGCAACUUGGGCAAAACCCCACAAACUUCCCAAACCUGCAAAUGGCAUUCCACCAAUCAGACCCCCCAAAGUUAAGGCAGCCAUGGUGGAUGAGGAGAAUAGCCACUCUGCGCCCAAUUUACACCAAUUCAAGUGUCAUCUUGUUGUGGUUUGCUGGCAAAGAAGCCCUGCAACUUGAAUCUCUCAGUGAUGAAGACAUCAUUGAUGGGGUCUCAACCACAAUCUCAAACUUCUUACCAGAUUCCUUCAUGACUGGACACACAGAUUCCUCUGCAGAAACCUCAAAUUGUUUCAAGUUUGUCAAGGUUUUGAAGACCAAAUGGGGGAGUGAUCCACUCUUCUUGGGAUCAUAUAGCUAUGUAGCUGUUGGGUCAAGUGGAGAUGAUUUGGACACCAUGGCUGAGCCAUUGCCAGCCAAAGGUAACAAUCCUCUUCAAAUUCUAUUUGCAGGGGAAGCAACACACAGAACCCAUUAUUCAACAACCCAUGGUGCUUAUUUUAGUGGCAUUAGGGAAGCCAAUAGGCUUCUCCAACACUACUGCAUUGGUGUAUGAAACUAAAACAAAAAAAAAAAAAAAAAAAAAAAAGUUUGCUUAAUGCUUAUGUUAUUGCACUAUAUAAGAUAAUAAUUAGGUUAUUUUUUCCAUAUUUAAUUUUCUACAAUUCAUUUAGAAAGAUGGUCCUUUUCCCAUUCCCUAAUGUACUGAUGAAUGAAUUAAACAAGUUUCUUCCAAUU